AUGGCUUCAGAACUUGUGCUCUUGACUGGGGCGACCGGACUCAUCGGCUUCCGCGUUCUUGUGUUCUGCCUGCGGCGAGGUUAUCGAGUGCGCGUGGUCGUGCGGGACCUUGCCAAGAAAUCACGGAUCCUUGGGACUCCAUCAAUCCGGGGUCUUGGCACGGAGGCCAAACUCAUGUUUGUGGAAAUCCCGAGCUUUUCCAUACCGACAGCAUUUGACGAGGCCCUGCAAGAUGUGGAUUACGUAGUGCAUGUUGCCGCCCCUAUCGCUUCGGCAGAUCCAGCAUCGAUCGGGCCAGACCUAGCAACGCAUUACUUCAAGCCUACAACAGACGCGGUGCUACACUUGCUCUCCUCGGCGCAAGCACAUCCCACGGUUAAACGCAUCAUCCUUACAAAUUCGCUGGCCGCCAUCUUCGACCAUGUUACAGACACAGAUGAGACUAUCCACACAGAGUCGACCAGAGCCAUGAAUAUUCUACAGCCGCCAUACCGUUCUCCCUUUGAAGCUUACACUGCGGCUAAAGUAAGCACGCUGAACUUGACCGAACAAUGGAUGGAGUCAGAAAAGCCCGUGUUUGAUCUUGUGCACAUAGCGCCGGGACACGUGUUCGGCCCAAACGAGCUUGUUACCGACCCGGAGGAACUGUUGCGGACGGGGACGAAUCGGAUAAUCCUCGCGCCCGUCAACGGAGAAGCAUACGGCACGGAGGCAGGAGUGACUGUGCACCUUGACGAUGUAGCUGAAGCGCACGUUCGCGCUUUAAACCCGGCAACCCCUGGUAAUCGACUCUAUAUCUUGAGCUCGGGAGGAGUGCAGGGAACCAAGCUUGAUGACUGCUUCGAGAUUGUAGCGCGUCACUUCCCGGAGCACGUUGGCAGUACGUUGCUCAAUAAUGGGAGUCUGCCUUCAUAUGUAUUCAAGGUGGAUGCGAGCGAGUCGGCACGAGUUCUGGGGAUGGACUUCAUCUCAUAUGAGCAACAGGUCCGGGAUGCGGUGGGCUAUUAUCUCGCGUGUGUUCGUUCCUCCAAGUAG